ACGAACUUUCUUCGGUGAAAGGAUUUUGGGAAUCUAAAAACGGGAUUUAGUUCUUCCUUCCCUCUUACCUCUGAUUGGCUGAAGGAAAUGCUUUGAAGGCGCCGAUUGGUCUUUAUAUCUGUCAAUAACAACACGUCGUUUGCUGAUUGGUCAGACGACUUCGGGUGUUUUCGGACGACCUGUGGCGUCGGGACCGAUCCAAGUAUCGCGAUAAGAGCGGAGCUGAAGCUGCUGCGGGGCUGUGGGACAAAGUAACGGGUUCGGCUGCGAACGGACGCGUUUUCCGGGUCAGAACAGCGAACAUGUCCGCCUGCCUGAGGUUCUGCUUCCUGGUUCUGUUCGGACUCCUGAGCUCCGCGCGGGCCGACCAGCGGGAGCUCUCCCCAGAGAACCUGCUGGUCAUCACCGCAGCGACCGAGGAGACGGACGGCUUCAGGCGCUUCAUGAGGACGGCCCGAGAGUUCAACUACAAAGUCCAGGUUCUGGGUCUGGGGGAGGACUGGCGCGGUGGAGACGUGGCUCGGACGGUGGGGGGCGGGCAGAAGGUCAGGUGGUUGAAGAAGGAGCUGCUCAAACACUCGGAGGAGGCGGAGCUUGUGAUCAUGUUCGUGGACAGCUACGACGUGGUCCUCGCCGCCGGUCCGGGGGAGCUGCUCGCCAAGUUCUCCCGUCUGGGUCACAGGGUGGUGUUCUCCGCCGAGGGCUUCUGCUGGCCCGACCAGCGCCUGGCCUCCAAGUACCCCCAGGUGCAUUCUGGGAAGCGUUACCUGAACUCUGGAGGGUUCAUUGGCUUCGCGGCGGACCUCAGCGCCAUCGUCCAGCAGUGGACGCUCAAAGACGAUGACGACGACCAGCUGUUCUACACCAGGAUCUACCUGGACCGGAACCAGAGGAACAAGUUCAACAUCACUCUGGACCACCGAUCCCAGAUCUUCCAGAACCUGAACGGAGCCAUCGACGAGGUGGUCCUGAAGUUUGAGAAGGGGCGGGCCCGAGUGAGGAACGUGGCCUACGACACGCUGCCUGUGGUCAUCCACGGGAACGGACCCACCAAGCUGCAGCUGAACUACCUGGGAAACUACGUUCCCACGGCGUGGACCUACGAGAACGGCUGCGGCGUCUGUGACAUCGACCUGCGGCUCUUUGACGACACACCUGACGAGCAGAUGCCGCUGGUCCACCUCGCCGUCUUCAUCGAACACCCCACCCCCUUCAUGGAGGAGUUCCUGGAGCGGCUGACCACGCUCAACUACCCCCACAGCAGGCUCCGCCUCUUCAUCCACAACAACGUGGUUUACCACGAGCAGCACAUCCAGAACUUCUGGCUGCGCCACAAGAAUCUGUUCCCAAACGCCCUGCUGGUCGGACCCGAGGAGAACCUGGAGGAAAACCAAGCCAGAACCAUGGCCAUAAAAUGGUGUCCCCACCUUUCCCCACUCAGUCACCAUGUAUCAUGGGUCUGUAAAAACAAUGAGGCCUGCAGGAAGGACCUGGACUGUGAGUUCUUCUUCAGUCUGGACUCUGACGUGGCUCUGACCAACCCGGACACUCUGAGGAUCCUCAUGGAGGAGAACAAGUCGGUCAUCGCGCCCAUGCUGUCCAAACACGGGAAGCUGUGGAGCAACUUCUGGGGCGCCCUGAGUCCUGAGGGGUUCUACUCCAGGUCUGAGGACUACAUCGAGAUCGUGCAGGCCAAGAGGGUUGGGCUGUGGAACGUGCCGUACAUCUCACAGGUGUACCUGGUGAAAGGCAGCGUGCUGAGGUCCAAACUGUCUCACCUGAACCUGUUUGUGGACCAGGGGAUGGAUCCGGACAUGGUGUUCUGCAAGAACGUCCGCGACCAGGGCGUCUUCAUGUUCGUGUCCAACCGUGAUGAGUUUGGCCGUCUGGUGGCGUCCUCCAACUUCAACACGUCCAGACUACACCCAGACAUGUGGCAGAUCUUUGACAACCCGCUGGACUGGAGGGAGAAGUACAUCCAUGAGAACUACUCCAAGAUCUUUGAGGACCAGGAUGGCUUUGUGGAGCAGCCCUGUCCAGACGUCUACUGGUUCCCGGCGUUCUCUGAGAAAAUGUGUGACCAGCUGGUGGAGACCAUGGAGGACUACGGCGUGUGGUCUGGAGGAUCCCACAAGGACGAGCGGCUCUCCGGCGGCUACGAGAACGUCCCGACCGUGGACAUCCACAUGAACCAGAUCGGCUUUGAGAAGGAGUGGCUGAAGUUCCUGAAGGACUACAUCGCCCCCGUCACCGAGAAGCUGUACCCCGGGUACUUCCCAAAGGCCCAGGCCAUCAUGAACUUCGUGGUCCGGUACCGACCCGACGAGCAGCCGUCCCUGCGGCCGCACCACGACUCCUCCACCUUCACCAUCAACAUCGCCCUCAACAGGAAGGGCGUGGACUACGAGGGAGGGGGCUGCAGGUUCCUGCGCUACGACUGUAAGGUGGAGUCUCCCCGGAAGGGCUGGUCCUUCAUGCACCCCGGCCGGCUGACGCACUACCACGAGGGUCUGCCCACCACCAGGGGCACCCGCUACAUCAUGGUCUCCUUUGUCGACCCCUAGCCCCGCCCACAUGUGUCCACGAACGCCUCGCUGGCUGUCAUGAGUUCACUGAGGAGUAGCCAAAGAAACGAGCCAAGCUUCCUGUUCCUGAAGGCAUCGCUGUGGGGAUUUUCAAAAUAAGAGUCAGAACCGUGCUGCCUUCAGUGCCCCAUGCAGUCUGUGAGGGAGGAGGAUGGAGGUGUGUUCAGGAACAUCCAGGAGCUACGUGUUCCUCUGCCUCUGGGGUUCUAGUGUCUUCUCUGGUCGGGUUCCUGGUUCUGUCUCUGUUCUCGUGAAUGUUUGUAAAAACUGCUUUAAAUUAUUUGUUACAGAUGAUCGAAUAACGUUUUUGUAGAAAACGAUGCCAGGAAGAAAACGGAGAACCGCUGAAGAUCGUCAUGUGGAACAUCCAGAACCUGCAGUUUAUUAUCUGUAUAAACGUUGUUUUUUAAAUAAAUCCUGAUGGUUCUUGGGU